UGCUACCACCCUUUUCGGUCGUUUGUCUGCACUCGCAUGUUUCCUCGAUCUUUCUCUUCCUCCUCUCUAUUUCGGCUUUCGAUAUAUAUCCCUUUCCUCUACUUUUUCCACUCAUUUGCCGCUCUCCUUCUCUGCACUUUCGAGAUAAUCUCAGGAAACUCUCUAGCCAACCUCCCGGAAAGAGCACGGAGAGAAAGAGAGAGCAGGACGAAUGGGGACUGAUUGGCCGGGGGAGGAGGGUUCGCCGUCAGCAUCAGCCGUGGUCAAGACGAAAAGGGUGGUGGAGGAGCUGCUUCGAGGAAGGUGCGCGGCAAUUCAGCUCCAGCUCCUCCUCCAGAACCCGCCCAGUCGGGACGGCUCUGACGGUUCCCGGUCGUUGUCGGCUGAGGAGCUUGCGGAGAAGAUCUUGAGAUCUUUCGCGGAAGGCCUCUCCGUCCUCGGAUCUUGCUGCGAGUCCGCGUCUGCUGGUCAUGACCACCAGGUCUCGCCGAGCUCCGGCGAGUCCGGCGACAGCAAGAGGCGGCUCAAUCUGAAGGAUCGGAGUGGCUGUCACAAGAGGAGGUGCGAUCAAGAAAGUAAGGCAUCUCAGACAUGGAUCAAAGUCUCUUCCACUACCCAAGAUAAUCAUGCAUGGAGAAAAUAUGGCCAAAAAAUGAUCCUCAACGCCAAGCACCCAAGGAGCUACUUCAGGUGCACGCACAAGUAUGACCAAGGCUGCAAAGCAGCCAAGCAGGUCCAAAGAACGGAGGACGAUCCUGAGAAGUUCCACAUCACAUACAUUGGAGUCCACACGUGCAGGGACAUCAUGAAGACUCCACGAAUGCUCAUCACAGAUCCUGAUACCUGUGUUGGUGAAUCUUUCCCCAUAAAGCAAGAGCUCAGGGAAGAAGCCAGAAGCGACCUGACCAAUGACAUUGUCUCAUCCGCGGACUUGUUUCUCAUUACGGCUCUUGGAUCAUCUGAUCAGCCAAAUGACCCAGCUUCAGUUUCCUCAGAAAGGAUGGGUUUUGAUAAUGCUAACGGUGAACCUGCCGUCCCCACCGUGUACCCUUUUGGGGACGAUGCUGAUUCUCAUGCUCUCGGGAUGGAUUUUCUGCGCCGUAGCGUUAGCUUUGAUGGUGAUUUCUCCUUUGAUGAAAGUGAAUUUUUGGCUAGUGAGGUGGGAGCGUAGAAACUAAUUCGGGGUAUAGAAAAGUCAGACUAGACUGGCGAGUGCCUCUAUCUUUCCUUUUGUUCCACGGAAAUAACAGCUUGCUACUACGAAAAGAUUACGUUGUUGAUGGGAUUAAUGAUAGCGUGAAUGAUUUGAUGGAUU